GCUGCGGGAUGGGAAGAAGAAGAAAGUCCACGGUGUUUUCCUGGAUGGAUGGCCCACUCUGGAUCCAGCCUGUCAAAGCUGCACUGAAACGAGAACGACGUGGGAUAAAGUCAGUUAAAUGUUGAUUAACUAUUGUUAUAUAACAGGUGCUGUUCAGAUUUGAAGCGGUGACUGAGACUGCAACAGGCCAAAAGAGAAGUCCACUGCUCCUCCCACCCCCCAACUUCCCUCUCCUGACCCUCUCUGAAACAAAGCUCUCGCUAUGAAUGAAGUUAAUAUUAUCAGAGAGGGCUGGCUCCACAAAAGAGGUGAAUACAUUAAAACAUGGAGGCCCAGAUAUUUCAUCCUGAAGAGUGACGGUUCCUUCAUUGGCUACAAGGAGAAGCCUGAUCUAAAUGACCAGAUUUCACCUCCACUCAAUAACUUCUCAGUGGCAGAAUGCCAGUUGAUGAAGACAGAAAGACCCCGGCCCAACACUUUUGUCAUUCGUUGCCUACAGUGGACCACUGUUAUUGAACGCACUUUUCAUGUGGACAGCAAUGAGGAGAGAGAGGAGUGGAUGCGUGCUAUCCAGUCUGUGGCAAACAGUUUGAAAAUGCGAGAACAUGAGGAGGAGGAACCAAUGGAUUUGUUUGGCUCACCCAGUGAAAGCAGCCUGGAGGAGAUGGAGGUGGCUAUGUCCAAGUGCAACUCCAAAGUGACAAUGUGUGACUUUGAGUACCUGAAGCUGCUUGGCAAAGGGACAUUUGGGAAGGUGAUUCUGGUCAAAGAGAAGUCCACUGGAGUUCACUAUGCCAUGAAAAUACUGCGCAAAGAGGUCAUAAUAGCCAAGGACGAAGUGGCCCACACAGUAACAGAGAGCAGAGUGUUACAAAACACACGACAUCCCUUCCUCACGACACUGAAGUAUGCAUUUCAAACCAACGAUCGGCUCUGUUUUGUAAUGGAGUAUGCAAAUGGUGGCGAGCUCUUCUUCCACCUGUCACGAGAACGAGUAUUCACAGAAGACCGGGCACGCUUCUAUGGUGCUGAGAUCGUGUCAGCACUUGAGUACCUGCAUUCACGUGAUGUCGUAUACCGUGAUCUUAAGCUGGAGAAUCUGAUGCUGGACAAAGACGGCCACAUCAAAAUCACUGAUUUUGGCCUUUGUAAGGAGGGUAUUACUCCAGAUGCUACCAUGAAAACCUUCUGUGGAACUCCUGAAUAUCUUGCACCUGAGGUCCUAGAGGAUAAUGACUACGGCCGGGCAGUUGACUGGUGGGGUCUGGGUGUAGUCAUGUAUGAGAUGAUGUGUGGACGUCUGCCUUUCUACAACCAGGACCAUGAGCGUUUGUUUGAGCUUAUCCUCAUGGAGGAGAUCCGCUUCCCCAGGAACCUGUCGCCUGAGGCCAAGUCCCUACUGGCUGGACUGCUCAAGAAGGACCCCAAACAGAGGUUAGGUGGAGGUCCUAAUGAUGCCAAAGAAGUAAUGAGUCACAAAUUUUUCAGCCCCAUCAACUGGCAAGAUGCGGUACAGAGGAAGCUUACCCCACUCUUCAGACCACAAGUGACAUCAGAGACAGACACCCGGUACUUUGAUGAAGAAUUCACGGCACAGACCAUCACGCUCACUCCUCCAGACAAGUAUAACAGUCUGGACUGUGAGGAUCCCGGCCAACAAGCACACUUCCCCCAGUUCUCCUAUUCUGCUAGCAUAAGAGAGUGAUAGCAUCUCUGACACACACACACACACACACACACACACACACACAUUCAAACACACAACCACAGAAGAGGCAUGAACACCUUGGCCAUAUCACUUACAGCUAUAAAAUGACCAGAACCUCUAUCUCUUUGGUCUCAGCAAGAUCUACAUGUAAUUGCCUCAGCUGGCAGCCGUAUUGCUCUGUAGAACCUUCUCUAUCCACACGACAAACCCUGGCCACACUGGCAGCACUGUAACUUCAGUACCUCACAUAGUCGUCAGCACAAGUCAACAACACACUCAAGACUCAGUCUGUAGCACCUUCGGAUGGCCUGUAAACAACUGCUGCUUUUCGGACUGAAAUGUUUUUUUUUUUAUGCUCUCUGUUCUGUGGUGUGAUGAGAAGUCAUACAGCUCUUUUGUGAUGUUUCAAAGUGCUCUUCUUCACAACUAGCUCCUACCACUGGUGAUAAGUCAGGUGCAUCUAUGAGGGAGGAAAAAGUGUGGCUGUUUGUUUGGUCUGUCAGUCUGUCUGUCUGUUCGGGUGUCUGUUUUGUUUUUGAGAAAAUGGGGGCUUCAAAUCCAAAUUGUGUGUUUUUUAUAGGACACUUGCCCAGUGUGCAUAAGGAACAACAUAUGAAUGGAAAACACACGAGGAUCAAAGUGUCUUCAUGGAGAACAGUUUUGACCGAGUGAAACAUAAGGGGACGGUCAUUUAUAUAUUGUAUGCAAUGGAAAAAAAUCACUCGCACAUGAGUUCGCUCUCACCUCAGACAUGAUCUUUGGUAACAGAUCUGUCAAGUGUGGCACCAAAAUUAUUGGGAAUUGGGAAUAACUUAAUGCACAAGGUGUAUAUGUUAUUUAAAAGAGUUUUUUUUUUUUUUACACAUUUUUGAUCUUUCUUGAUCGUAUAAAUACACAGCAGCCAUGUUAUUUAAGAGGCUCAUUAAGCACUUACUGGUUUAAAGAAGACCUUAUUUCUUUCAGAUGGCCCAUGUUCAUAAUGUAGCUGACAGCUUUGUGGAUUGUGUGCUUGCCUGUUUCACAAUAUAUCACCUAUAUAUCAUAAAUGUCAAAAACUGUCAGAUACUGAGAGUUGGCAUCAAAUUGUCCCAUUUACUUUAGUUUGCAUGAGGUUUUUGCAUUUGGCCAUUUUUAGAUUAUUUAAUUUCAACAACCUUCUAUAUAUAUGUAUAGUAUAACCAGCCCCAGCGCCAAACUGAGUUAUUAGCACUUUCAGAAAACAUGUUCAUAAUUGGAACAUCAUUAUCUCUUGGCUUCCAAAGCUUGCUCUGUAACAUUCUCAGUCAUGUCUAAAUUAGAUAUAUUUUAAAUUGUUCCAGUGCAUCCGAACUGCUGCUGCUGCUGCUGUUCAGCGAUGAAUGUGCCACUAGAUUUGAUUGGACUUGUCAUAACUUGAGGGCUUAAAAAAACAUCCAGUGAUAUCAGUGAGCUGUCUAUAUCAUGAACAUGGUCCAAGGUGAGAUUUUUAGUGCAAUGUGGACUUGCAGGGGACGUCUUUUGUUGUUUUCAGUUCUUCCCAUGUGUUAUUAACAACAUGAAGUGGUUAUCAGGAGGCGUGCAGAGAUUUGCAAUAUUGGGUGUUACACAAUGUUAGAUACAUUUUCAUGUACAGUUUAUGUGUCACUCAUGAUAAAGGGCUGGGGCAGAAAACCUGCUCAACUUCCUGUUACUCUCAGAGCCUUCUACCACCACAAGCUGUUCUGGCAUCAUAUCCGUUAUUUUUGUCUCUUAUCUUCUAGUUUUAAUUGUCCACUUGCUGUUCUCCCUCAUCCUUCCUCUUCCCUGAGCCUACUCAUAUUAAAGGGAUAGUUCACAGAAAAAUUUAAAUUUACUCAUCUACUCACCACUAUGCCGAUGGAGGGGUGUGUUUGAGUCCACAAAACACUUUUGGAGUUUCAGGGCUAAACAAUUUUGCAGCCAAAUCCAAUACAAUUGAAGUCAAUCAUGGCUCCUUCAAACGUAAUAAAACAAUAGAAAGCCUCAACAUUCAAAUCUGACUUGAAACGGCACCAUGUUUUAGGCCUAAAAGUCUGCUACCGGAAGUAGCGAUGCUAGCAGAUGUAGUGAUGUAAACGUGCACCCCCCGCAUGCCCUUGGGCGAGAGCUUGUGUGCAGUGUCAAUGGAUCACCAUUUACUUCAAUUGUAUUGGAUUUGGCUGCAACGAUGUUUAACCCGGAAACUAUUUAAGUGUUUUGUGGACUCAAACACUUCACCCACCCCUCCAUCAGCAUAGCGGUCAGUAGAUGAGUGAAUUUUCAUUUUUUUGUGAACUAUCCCUUUAAGGAAGUUGAUAAUGGUUGUCACAAAUGUAUGUUUUUCAGUGACAUUAUUCUAUCAAACAGUUCAUUACUAUUUGUUUAUGAAUGUAAUUCUGAAAGACAAGGAUCCAAUACACCUGUUUAACUGUCUUAAUAAACCCUUGUGUUUGUGUUUUGA